AUGGCACACUCUUUUCCUGAGGAAAUCAUGCAAGAGAUCCUAAUUAGGCUAUCCGUUAAAUCUCUGAUCAAAUGCACUUCAGUCUGCAAGGCAUGGAGGUCCAUGAUCAUAAACCAAAGCUUUAUUCACGCACACCUCAACCCAACAGUGGACUUCGCUAACCUGAAUGACAUUGACCUCCUCCUACUCCACAGAAUUGCUGGUAGCAAUAGCCUCAACUACUACCAAAACACGGUCAUUCACAAGGUGAAAGACGAGGUUCACUCUGUGCAUCAUGAUAACCAGGCGUUUGAUGUAUACUCCAAGAUAGAAUUUCCAAUUGCCGCAAAGAAAAACUACGGCAAUUCACAUCUUCGUGUCGUUGGCACUUGUGAUGGGCUAAUUUGCCUUGCGGAUGAUGUCCCCUCUUAUGCUUACAACUUCAUUAUAUGGAACCCAGCCAUUAAAAAGUCAGUGACCCUUCCCAAGCCUGGUAUUACCUUUCCAACGCAUGGUGGGUACGAUGCUUCUAUUGGGUUCGGUUUUGAUGCUACAACCAAUGACUAUAAGGUUGUGCGAGUUGUGACUUUAUUGGAUGAAGAUGAUGAGAUGCCAACGCUAGCUGAGGUUUAUUCCCUAGCCACCGGCACAUGGAGGAGUCUUGGUUGUGUUUCUCCUGCAUGUCUAAUAGAUAAAGCUGCAUCCAGUGCUUUUGUUAAUGGGGUUCUUCAUUGGCCUGUAGUCUGUCAGACAGAUGUUGAUUCUUACUAUUUUAUAUUGACAUUUGACCUGGGCAAGGAGGUGUUCAGUCAGAUACCUAUGCCGAAGAUUAUUCAAUGGAAUUUCAAGUUGGGAUUGCAAUUGUCUGUUUCAGAUAACAGAAAAUCUAUUGCUUUGUUCAUGAUGCCCAACAAUCUCUUUAUGGAUUAUGGGCGUGAAGAUUCUGUUCUUGAUAUAUGGGUGAUGAAAGAGUAUGGAAGAGAGGAAUCAUGGACCAAAUUGAUUACUCUCAAUGGACCUUUCUUUAUGGAUUAUGGGCGUGAAGAUUCUGUUCUUGAUAUAUGGGUGAUGAAAGAGUAUGGAAGAGAGGAAUCAUGGACCAAAUUGAUUACUCUCAAUCCACUAGGUCCAGAAACAAUUUUCCUCAGCGCCUUAUGUUUUAGGAAGAGUGGGGAACUACUGUUACUGCUCAAAGAAAAAGAGAGGCAGGAACUGUUGGAAAUUUGA